AUGUGGUCUAUCUUCAAAUUUCUGUUUGUCGCGGUUGGCGUAGCCGCGCUUCCUCUCGAGCCUGCGUCAGAGGUUUCUGAUGCUUCAGCUUUAAGCGAACGGCAGUCUAGCGCACUCCCUAAUAGCUUCCAGUGGAGCUCCAGCGGCGUACUUGUUAGCCCCAAGAACGACGGCAAGAGUGUCAAGAAUAUCAAGGACCCUUCCAUCGUCUACUACAAUGGGCAAUACCAUGUCUUCGCCAGCAUCUAUACCACCGGCUACAACCUCGUCUACUUCAGCUUCAGCGACUUCAACCAGGCCAGUUCUGCCACAUUCCACUACCUGGAUCAAACGAAGAUUGGAUCCGGCUACCGUGCUGCCCCACAGGUUUUCUACUUUGCCCCGCAGAAGCUGUGGUACCUUGUUUACCAGAACGGCAACGCUGCCUACUCGAUCAACUCUGAUAUCUCUAAUCCCAAUGGGUGGUCUGCGCCGAAGAACUUCUUCUCCGGCACCCCCAGCAUCAUUCAGCAAAACAUUGGAAACGGAAACUGGGUUGACAUGUGGCUGAUCUGUGAUUCGGCAAACUGCCACCUGUUUUCCUCUGAUGACAACGGACACUUGUAUCGCAGUCAGACGUCUCUCAACAACUUUCCUAACGGAUUUGGCAAUACUGUUAUUGCGCUUCAAGACUCCAAUCCCUACGCCCUAUUCGAAGCCUCUAACGUUUACAACGUUGGCAACGGCAAAUAUCUGUUACUCGUUGAGGCCAUUGGUAGUCGGGGUCGCUACUUCCGCUCCUGGACCUCGAACAGCCUGUCCGGAAUCUGGACACCUCUAGCGGCGAGCGAGUCCAACCCAUUCGCGGGUGCUGCAAACGUGAAAUUUAGCGGCACACCUUGGACCACCAGCAUCAGCCAUGGUGAGGCUGUUCGAACCAAUGUAGACCAAACCUUGACAAUCAGUCCGUGCAAAUUGAGGUAUUUCUACCAGGGCCUGGAUCCGAAUGCUGGUGGUGACUACAACUCGCUGCCUUACAGGCUGGGCUUGCUUACGCAGACGAACUCGGCCUGCUGA